CCUCUGUCUCAUAUGAAGACCUUCUUGCUCCUGGCCCACCAGCAGCUGCAGGGAGCUUCCUUCUUGCUGGAUGAAAAGCCAGAAAGUGGAGUGGUCUGGCAGAUUCUUCCCCUGUCUGGGAAAAUGACUAGCAGCUUUGUAUGGCUCCUGGUGGUGAUCUUGAGAAAUAGCCUCAGAGAGGCUGCUGGCCAAACACCACCUCAAGGGUUUAGGUAUUCAUCUUAUGAGGUUACCAUUCCAAGGAAAUUGACUCCCAAAUAUGGCCAUCAAGAUCCCCAAGAUGUCAGCUACUGGCUACAGAUUGAAGGGAAAGGCCACAUGUUACAUCUCAGGCAGAAGAGAAAUUUUGUCCCUAAGCACUUCCCUAUCUUCACCUAUAGUACAGAGGGGGACAUCCAGGUGGAUUAUCCUUUCAUCAGAGAUGACUGCUUCUACCAUGGCUUUGUACAGUACAAGCCUCUCUCUUUGGUCACCCUUAGCACAUGCUCAGGGGGACUCAGAGGUCUGUUGAGAUUAGACAAUAAGACCUAUGAAAUUCAACCUGUCCAGCCAUCUGACAAAUUUCAACAUGUAGUAUAUCGGUUGGAAGAAGAGGCAGGUGCAGUCAGAUUGAGGUGUGGCCUAACAGAAGAAGAGAGACAUCAUCAAGAGAACAUGAUACACAGCACAAAAAAUCUAGCAGGCAAAACUGACCCAGGAGGGGACUGGUGGACACACUCAAGGUACGUGAAGGUUGCCAUUGUGGUAGAACAUGAAAGAUAUGUCCAGUUUGACAAAAAUGAAACUCUUGUUAUUAUGCGAGUUAUGGAUGUCAUACAUACCGCAAAUUCAUUCUAUGAGCCACUCAAUGUUCUUGUAACUGCAGUUGGACUGGAGAUAUGGUCAGAAAAGAACCUUAUAGAAAUUUCCAAUGACAUAGCUCAAGUCCUUUCGGAAUUUACUAAAUGGAGAAAAAACACCUUAGUUAAACGUCUAGCGAAUGAUGCGGGUCACUUAUUUACAUAUAAGCGCUUUGGAACAACACUUGGAUUAGCAUAUAUAGGAACAGUUUGCCAAAACGAUUGGGCAGCUGGUGUUGAGUCAUAUAUGAGUUCCAGCUUGUCCUUUUUUGUUAAUACGUUUGUUCAUGAAUUGGGACAUAAUCUUGGCAUGCGCCAUGAUGAGAAAUACUGUACUUGUGUUCAAAGAGCCUGUAUUAUGGCUGCUGCAAAUGAAAACUCUGAUAAAUUUAGCAACUGUAGUUACGCGGAUUAUUUCAAAUUAAGGAACUCUCAUUGCUUGUUAAUUCCUCCAGACCCCAGUAAAGUGUAUAAACGUAAAUACUGUGGCAACAAAGUAGUGGACAAUGGGGAGCAAUGCGACUGUGGGUCAAAAGUUCACUGUGAAUCGGAUCCAUGUUGCCAGUCUAAUUGCAUGUUGCGUUCAGGGGCCAGUUGUGCUUCUGGACUGUGCUGCACCAAGUGUCAGUAUCGCCAAGCUGGAACCAUUUGCAGAGAAAAGAUUGGCAACUGUGACCUUCCCGAGUACUGCAAUGGGACUUCAGAGCACUGCCCGGAAGAUGUUUAUGUACAAGAUGGAACGACAUGCAUGGAUGGUGCAUACUGUUAUCAUGGGAAUUGCUCUACUCACAAUGGCCUCUGCCAGAUUAUCUUUGGCAAGAAAGCAAGAGCAGCAUCAGAGGCUUGCUUCAGAAAAAUCAAUGCUCAAGGCGAUCGGUUCGGCAACUGUGGCCUCAGGCAUGGCAUUUAUAACAGAUGUAAAGCCCAAAAUAGUUUGUGUGGCCGAAUCCAAUGUGAAAACGUUGAUGAAUUACCUUCUUUGGAGGAACACAGCACCAUAAUCCAAACACCGGAUGGCAGUAGGCUAUGUUGGGGGACAGACUAUCAUGAUGGAAUGGAUUUAAUUGAUAUUGGAGCAGUGAGAGAUGGAACUCCUUGUGGCACUGACAUGAUGUGUGUGAAUGGAGAAUGUAUCAGUAUGUCUCUUUUGCAGAAUGACUGUAAUGUAACAAAGUGCCAUUAUCAUGGAAUAUGCAACACCCACCAAAACUGUCACUGUGAUUAUGGCUGGGCCCCUCCAGACUGCCAAAAUAAAGGCUAUGGUGGCAGUAUUGACAGUGGCCCCCUUCCAAAACGCAAGAGUGUCAGUACAAUGACUAUUGAAGGAAUUGUAUUAGUCAUUUUUACUGCUUUUGGUGCUGGCUGUGCUAUAUACUACAGGUUUGGAGUGAGACGACCAUUUGAAAGAUGAAGUACAAGAUUCUAUAUAGGAUGAAUGCAGGAAGGAAGCCCACAGUAGAUCUCAGAAGCAAACAAUACUGCACAAUGUGACAAACACCUAUACCAGAAAUAUUGGGUAGCAUUAUUCAAAAGUAUAUUUGACUAUGCUAGGUUUUGAUUAUUGUUUUUCUUUUAAAAAAACUGCUGUUGAUGCAAUUUGUCUCAUAGGAAAACACUGUAUUCCUCCACAGAGAACAAACCUCCUCUUAUAUGCUGAGGCUGUCUCUCUCUUCUAACCCACAGAAUCCCCUCCUUUUAACUCACUGGGAGGGGGAAACCCACCAGCCCACUGAAAUGGAAAACUACAUACCCAGAGAGCAGAAGCUUGUUCCCAACUAGGAGGACCCCCUGCCCACCACAGAAACCCACGUAAGCACUGGUGUUAUUUGAAUAACUGAGACUCGGUGCUCAUGUUAUACUUGUUGCAUGGGGAUUGGAAGACAACUAAAUUCCCAAUGGGCACAGAAUCAAGCCGGCAUGGUGAAUCCCUGUCUGUAUCACAAAGCCAGCUGCUAUAUGAGUACUUGCAAAAAUGAAAGUGAUGACUGUGAUAGCAAAAAAAUUAAUGUUGUAAUGGCACAGUAUAGAGCAAAUUACAAAAGGCAGAGCGCUUAAGUACUGAAUGUACAAAUACCAAAACUGCUUGCAACACAAAACUUGAAAUAUCAAGAUCUACAGUCCAGUAUGGGUGAACAAUUACUCAAAAGGCCUUUGGAACUGAUGAGAGAGCUCCUUGUAUUCUGACUUAUAACCUUCUAAACUAAUUCUAAUUAAAAGUCAGUCCGUUCAUCUAUUCUGAAUUCUCUUUAUUUAAGGAAAAUGGUAUCAGUAAAAAAGAGCACUCCUUUGCUCCAGUGUUCCACAGGCCUUUAAAAAGGAAUGGCAAAUUCCCUGUUACUAAAAGUGGUAAAAAGUAAUAAUAAUAAAUACUUCAAUAGUGCAUAGUAGCUGUGACACUGCAAAAUGCUGCUGAUAGAAGAUUUGCUCUGCAGUCUUUCUAAAUGCCAAAAUACAUUACUGGAUCUCCCAUUUUGUUUAAAAACAAAACAAAACAUAAUAGCAGCUAUAGGAAGGAGGGAGGGGCAGGGAUCGGCAUAGAGAGGGCUGAACUCUUAUGUUCCAUAUGAUUUCCCAAUCAACUUAGUCUAUACUGUAAUUACGAAGAAUGUAUUAUAAAAAUAUAUGUACAAAUAAAUAUUAUAUGUAUGUGUAAAAAUGUUAUAUGUAAAAAUAAAGGAACAAACUACUUCUAAAACUUGCCAAAAAGUGGGGGUGGGUGGUCCUCAAAAAGUAGAAAAAACCUCACAAGUUGUAAUCCUAUGCACAUUUCCCUGGUAAUAAGCCUCACUGAACACAGUGAGUCUUUCCUCUGAGUAAGCAAGAAUUAACUUCUCCUAUUAGACAGUGGCCCUGUUCGGACAUAAUGCCAAAUCAAAGGUAAACAUGCCAGAAGUUUGAGUUUGUGAUUGCCUGAAAAUUUUUGCUCCCAAACCUGAAUUUGAACCCUUGGUUUGUAGUGAGUUUUGCUGAGUCAUCCAAAUUCUAUAACCUGAGUUUGUUGCUUGAGCUCCUCCCAUAACCAUAGAGAGGCCAGCUAAGCGCAGCCCAUAACUGUGUCAGUUCUAGGGCAGCCAUGUUUCUUGCUGGCCACCUCUCAGAGCUGAUGCCCUGCUCUCUGCUGUCUCCUUAACCCUCCUACUGCUGCUUGGCAAGAGAGAUGUUGUGUCCUCACAGUUCCUGCAUGUAAAGGGACAGAGCAGCUUUGGGGAAAG